AUGCUCGACCCCGAGGUGUACCUGCGGCCCACUGGGGAGGUGUACAUACGUGGGAUGAGCAAGGACGAGAACCCACCAGAUGACCCAGCAACAAUAACGGGCGAACCAGACUCAAUUGCAAUGCUGCAUAAGAUCUCACGGAAGGUGUCCAGCCAGCUGAAGAAGGAAGAGGGCGCGGAGGUGGGCGCGGAGCAGGCGUGCUACCUGCCAUGCACCGCCGACGGGCUGCCGGUCAUCGGGGAGAUACCGGGCGUGAAGGGGUGCUAUGUGGCCACCGGGCACAGCUGCUGGGGCAUCCUCAAUGGUCCGGCCACCGGCGCAGCCCUCGCGGAGCUCAUCCUCGAUGGCAAGGCCAAGAUCGUUGACCUUGAUCCUUUCAGCCCGGCAAGGUUUCUCAAGAGAAGGAGCAGGCGUGGAGCCUGA